AUGACCCCAAAACCCACAGUCCUCGUCCUCGGUGGAGUCGGCUUCAUCGGCCGAAAGUUUGUCGCCUACCUGAUCGAGCACGAUCUCGCCUCAUCGAUCAGGGUCGUCGACAAGGUCCUCCCCCAGACCGCAUACCUCAACAAGCGCUGCACUGCUGCCUUUGACCAGGUUGAGUUCAUGCAGGCCAACCUUUCCAGCCCAGCAUCGAUUACGAAGGCGUUCGAGCGUCCCGAUGGCUCAACCUUUGACUAUGUCGUCAACUUUGCUGCCGAGACAAAGUUCUCUCAGCCAAAGGAGAUCUAUGAGGAGCGUAUUUACAGACUGUCAAUCAACUGUGCCCAGGAGGCGGUCAGGAGGAACACAAAGGUGUUUGUCCAGUUCUCCACAGGCGAUAUCUACGAAGCCGACGGCAGUGCAAGCAAGGAGGACUCCAAGACCAAGCCAUGGAACGUGAUGGCCCAGUACAAACUGAAGGUCGACACCGAGUUGCAGGACAUGGCUGGACUGAACUUAAUUAUUCUUCGCCCCGCUGUCGUCUACGGUAUCGGAGCCAUGGGAGGACUCACCCCUAGAUUGAUCUGCGGUCGUGUGUACCAGCACUUGAACCAGAAGAUGGAGUUCUUGUGGACAAAGGAUUUGCGCAUCAACACUGUUCAUGUACUCGAUGUUGCCAAGGCUGUUUGGCACACUGCCAACUGGUACGUCAACAACGACAAGACGGGCACCUAUGUCUUCAACCUCGCAGACGAGAACGACACUGACCAGGAGGCCGUCAACGCACAUAUCCGCGCCAUCUUUGGUAUCGAGACUGGGUUCCAGGGCAAGAUCAUCUCUCAAUUGGCCAAGAUGAACAUGGAGGGAGCAACGGAGGACAUUAACGAGAUGCACUUGGCACCUUGGUCAGAUAUUUUGAAGGCGCACUCGAUCAAGACGUCGCCAUUGACGCCUUACCUGGACCAGGAGUUGCUCUACAAUAACGCCGUCUCGCUCAACGGAACCAAGAUCUGCACAACGACAGGAUUCGUGUACGACCACCCCAAAUUGACAGAGGAGAGCUUGCGCGAGAUCAUCGUCGACUUCCAGGACUUGGGCAUCUGGCCACGGGACUAA